AUGACCAGCCAGUCUCAGGGAAUUCAGCAGCUUCUGCAGGCAGAAAAACGUGCCAAGGACAAACUGGAGGAAGCCAAAAAAAGAAACGGAAAGAGGCUGAAGCAGGCCAAAGAGGAAGCCAUAGCAGAGAUAGACCACUACCGGUUACAGAGGGAGAAGGAAUUUAGGAACAAGCAAACAAACGUAAUGGGCUCCCAAGGUAACCUUUCUGCUAAAAUAGAAGAGCAAACAACAGAAACCAUCCGAAAUCUCACUAGCAGCUACCACAAGAACUUGGAGAGCAUGAUGAAAAAGCUUUUGAUGACAAUAUGUGACGUCAACCCAGAAGUCCACCCAAACUUCAGACAUGCAGUUUAA